GGUAAAUCAUAAGAACAUCUUACGGGGUCCAUGCUACAUCCGUAUUGAAAGGCCUUUGUGUGCUUUUACCUCGUGCUUAAAUCAUGAAGUUCUUCGUAACGGCUACAGUUGUGUUUUCUUUGUGCAUGUCAACACUGGCAUUUUCUCCAUGGGAGCGAGGAAGUCGCCAUGGUUGGAUGGGUUUGCUACCUCGCAGGCGUCCUCUUCCACGUCAAAGAGAAUGCCCCGACGGCAUGCCCAUGGUACAGUGCAUGCUGGAUCCGUGUGACGUAGCCACCUGUCCCGGCAACCCCCGCGCGAGGUGUGAGCAUAACUUCUGUGGCGGAUGUAACGCAGUGUUCUACGACAAGACCGGAGCGAUGGCGGAUUGUAACGGCGAUGGCUGCCCGGAUGACAAGCCCAUGGCCCGAUGCAUGAUGGACCCGUGUGACGUCACGUCCUGCUCAGCCAAUCCUGACGCCACCUGUGUGGCUGACUACUGUGGAGGGUGUAAUGCAAACUUCUUCGACAGAUCCGGCGAACCAGCCUGUUGUGGCGGUGAAGGGCAGUCAUGUGACACCGGGCGGCCAAUAGGGAGGCAGGACGACUGUACCUGUCAGAGAGGCUUGGUGUGUUUUCCAAACGAGGGGUCUUUUACCAAAGGGACGUGCCAAACUGAGGAGUGGGUGGAAGAAAACGGAGGGCUACCACCUCAACCUAUCGGUUAAGCUAUGCAUUGUGUAUUAUGCAGUCUUCCGUGUACUUAUGGUCUCAUAGAUGAAUUUUUUUCUUCCCAUAGACUUUUAUGUCAUAAUACGUGUUUUACAUGGACGUGUUCAUAAUGAAGCUACAGCUAGUGUCAGCAUAUUUUUCAUUCUAUGUUUAGCAUAUUUACCCCAUAUCGUAGGAAAAAAUUGCCAACGCCAAAUAGACAUACGUUCUUUGUUUAUAGCAAGUCAAGUCAAAGUUUAUUGCGAAACAAUUGCAACGGGUACUUACAAACUACAAUUGGUCAAUCCACACAAAAGGCAUUUUUUUAGCUGUUACUGUACAACCGCACCACUCAGAACCCAGGACUGUGUACCUCCGACUUAGCGCGUGGCUGCCAAACUUUACCUGCUAAUUUUUCAGAUGCAAACAAGCUUUCACCGACCUAACUUUUGAGAUCAGUUUGCCUGUUUGAAAGAGAAUUCCUCACAGCUAAACACAAGCUUCGUGCAGCCGUUUAUUAAUCUUUUUAGCUUGGACUUAUAAUCUACAUUGUCAUUGUCCUUGCGUAGUGUCAUAGUCUACAUGGACCGUCUGACAGAAUAUAUUUUAGGAGUAAUACAUCAAUGAGACUUUAAAUUACAGAGAUAGUACAACACUUAUCAUAGCUGCUACAGUUUUCAAUCGUCCAUCUACUAUUUGCAAUUGUACUCCGUCACUGAAGGGAAAUUCUUCUGC